GUUUACAUUUGCGCGAGACUCGACGCUGGGGAUGAAGAUGCUGGAGAGGACUGAGCAUGAGCACUCGCCACCCUCCCAACCCUCCUUGACAGAAUGGGUCAAAAUGGAUGCCUCUUAAUUACAGAGGAUGACAUCAUGACACAAGCAGAAGCAGUACCCUAAAGGUUCACUGAGGAUUCAUCGGUAAAAAUCAACAUGGGGACCAGAGCAGCGGCCUUUACGGCCAAAAUCCGCAACUUGAAUGACUACCAUCUGCGACUCCUCCAUGCCGUGGUGCCCCCUCCUUCUGGCCUUGAUAUUGCCAACACCCUCAAAUAUUUCUCUCAGACAUUAUUAGGUGUGUUGAGGGAUAUUCAAGAACGGCCUAUGGAUAUGCUGCGCCAUCGGGACCAGGAUACCAUGCGACUUGCUCUUUUUCCCAACUUGGACUACGCUGGCUUACAUCAAUCACUUGUAACUUUGGUUGAUAUUAUGCCUCUGAUUCAGUAUGGCACACAAGUGUUUGGUCAAGCACUGCUGAAUACCAUGGCCUGUCUGAUAGUGUUCCUGGACCGCAAAGUAAUUGACACUCUGCCAUACCUUGUGGCAUCCAUGAUGACUUCAGUUCCUGACACUUUACACCAGCAGCUAAUAACUACCCUUUGCUAUUACAUACUUCCUGUUACAGUUGGUGCAGCUGCUGUAGAGGGUGAAGAGGAGAAUUAUGCUACUGCUUCAGUACCUGCUGUUCUGAUGAUGAUCUUCCAGUAUACAGAUAACUCAGCUUAUCAUUGUGAGCUGAUAGAAUGCCUCAUGUCCUUAAAGUCGGACAUUGUAAAGGAUCUCCUGUGUGUCAUUGCAUAUGGAACUCCAACCUCCCGGCCACCUGCUGCCAACCUUCUCUUCUAUUACUGGCCAAACCUCAACCCAACUCUUUAUGACCGCAGAGGCGUGCACAUAAAAUUUAGUGACAUAUCAAGUGUGUUGAAGGCAAUGUUCAAUAAAUCGGCACAGGCCGCGAAAAGUGAUUCGAUAUCCCAGACUGCAAAUUCUGACAGUGGGGAAUCGAAAAAUCCAAAAGGUUGGAAGCCUCUGCUGUGCCAGAUUGAAGAAUGUGAUGGUGAUGGUACCAAUGAAGCUGUCAAAGUUUGUCUUGAUCAUGCUGUCUGUCUGGGAGCAUGUCCAGACAGUCCUCCUCCUCUUUAUAUCUGUAUGGACUGUGUUGAGGACAUCAAGAGAGAACAUUGCACUAUUGACUUUUUUGAUAUUCUUAUGCCAAUGGCUCAAGUAUCAGCUACAUGUGAGAAUAAGAAUUGUCGGUCAACUGAGAAGAAUGCUAUUGCCACAUGUUUUAGUAUGGAAUGUGCAAGUUACAAUGGUAACAAACCUAUUCGAUACUGUAGUCAGUGCAACAACAUUCGCCACAAUAAUCGACGCGGGACUGAUCACAUUGUGCAUACAACCAUUGGUUCACCUUGGGCAAUGGAGCCACAAAUGCAAAAUUAUACCAUUGAAGCAAUUGUGAGCCUUCUAAAUGAAGCUCAACCCCUUGGUGAUAAAACAAAAUGUAAGGAUCAGGACCGGCUCAACAGGGCUGGUCUCCUGGAUGAUAUUGAUAAGAGUGAUGGAUUAUCUCCGGAGGAAAGCCGCUUAUUGAGUCGGUAUGGUGUGUGGUUGGUCGUGGGUUUGUGUGCUCCGACACCAGAUACACCUAUCGAGAUGCUAGGACGUAUCAUAGCUGCUCUGUGUCAUUGGUUCAAUGCCACACAGUAUAUUCCAGAUGAUCAACAAGGAACUGCAAUUGAAAGGCUUAAGUCAGAGAAUAUCCACAACUGGCUUCAAGAAGUGUGCAAGACUCACUUUGAGGUGUUUGUAUCCUGCCUCAUGCCUCAUCCUGUUGAAUAUGCCAGAGUUGGAGGUCACUGGGAUACACUUGCAACCCGAACUGAUCACAUUAAAGAAGGAUUUAACCGGUUGUUUUGCUUGGUGCCGUAUGAAUUAGUUACAGUCCAAGUGUGGGACCGCGUUAUGCCUCACUGGAUGGAAGCCAUUCAUAAUGAAAUACCAGAAGAAGAAUUACCUGAACUAAAAAUAACACUUAGCAAGCUGUUGGAUUCUGACAUGAGCCCACUUGGAUUUGAUGCAACACAGAUGUACAAGUUUAUUAGUGUUCGUUUUACCAACACCAGCGGCUCAGUCCAGGAACAAACUCUGUCGUGGCUACAGAUUUUGACUUCUCUGAAUAUUGUAAUUCCAAUGAGUUUACUGCUAAUGAUAUUCCGUGAAGGUGUAUCAUCGCUGUGUAGUCCACCAGCACCCACAAGAAAGACAAGUUCCUCUGGUAAACAAGAUUCAUCAGUGCUGGAGCCUGUGGUUGAAGAUGAUUCACACAGUAGUUCAGCUCUUUCCGAGGAUGAACGGCCACCCUCGGAUCACCCCGAGGACCACUACUCAGACCCCGAGCUCAACCUCACUUGCUUUGUUCUCAUGCUGGAUGUUUUGUUUAAGCAGAUGGAGGUACAAGAAGUUGAGAAGCACCAGGGGGUUGAGGGUCAAGAGAGUGUGGCAGUGAUGGCACUUGUCUGUGACAUGCUGAGUGCCUCUUGCCUGGCCCCACACACCUGUGAUGGGGAACAAGAGUGUACUACUUGUGAACUCACAACAGCAUUUUUCCAGCUAGAGAUGGAUGUUGUAGCAUAUCUGUGUCCCCGUGUUGCCAUCCAGAACAAUCGGGUCGCUGAUAUUAUUCCUCAAGAAAUGGAAUCUUCACAAGCCACCAAAAGCCCUGAAUUAUCAACUCAAAAUGCUCAGACUGGAAGUUAUACUCAGUCCCCAAAACCUUGUCAUCAGCUGCCGCCCCUUAAGGAAGGAGGACUCAUGUCUGUGAUGGCUAACAUGCCUCAGAUUGUUACAGCAACUGUGGAGACGGUUGGAGAAUUAGACAUUGCUCCUAACAUACCUCAAGAACAUGUGGUGAAAGCUGUAGCCCGGGCAGUCACACUAACUGAGGAAGAUGUGGCUCACGCAACAGCAAAUGUAGCGAAGCCGAGUGUGGUGGGUGAAGACGACGAACCUAUUGAUACCACUCAACACACUGAUGAUGAUGAUGAUGAUUUCUGGGUCACUUCUCAGGGCAAGUUCAAGUUCAGAAUAGAAGACCUUCCUCCUCACUUGCAAGUUAUUUAUACAUUAUUAAAUCGACUAGAAACGUUUGAGGAUGGUGACGUGGUGUACCACAUCUGUGUGUGUUUGAAGUACCUUGUGCUACAUGGUGAGGCCAUGGCUCAUGCUGCCAAUGAUCAUCGAGGAUUUCUUAUAUGGUGCCAAGAAAAUAAAUCCAUUGGAAUAAUGUGGUCAUUAAUCGAGGCUGAGUGGUCACACGUUGCUGAGGUCUGUGUGUCACUGUUGCUUCACUUUGUCACUCUUCCUUGUGGCUCAGACAUAUUUUGGAAGCUUUGUGAAAAUCACUUUAAUCAUCAAGACUGGAAAGUCCGCUUUCAAGCAGUUGAAAAAGUGGUCGUCAUUGGUCGGUUCUUGGGAAUGUCUGCUGUUCGUCAGUGCCCAGGACUUCAAGCAGCCAUUGCUCAUGCAUUUUGCUUCCUUAUUGCCUCCCUUGAUGAUAUAAAUGUGGCAGUAGCUCAGCGAGCAUAUCUCUAUCUCACUACCUUGCCUGAUGCUGGGCUUCGUGCUCUUUGUUGGUGUCUCGAACAACAGUUUGAUAGCGUGAUAAUGGACAGACCCAUGAUAAUCCAAGCCCUACACCAGCUUAGCUCGCGUCUCCCUGACCGCCGUAUAUUUACAUGGGAAUUCUUCUUCAAUCGCUUUGAUGCACUUUACCUUGAAGCCCAGAUAGCUCUUGAAAAAUAUGGAGACAUAGCCUUCCCAAGAGACUUGAAGAACUCGGACAUGACAAGCGAUGUGUUUGAGAGAAAGCUGAGCCGAGCAAAGGAUGCCCUGACCCUAGUGCAGAGUGCUAGUGUACGGACGCUCUCUGGCUCUCUCGGUACCAAGUGGCCUUAUAAACGCACCAUGUCAGCUCCAGCCAAUAUGUUUAACCGUACAGUUGAGAAACAAGUGGAUAAAGAGAAGGAAAAAACAUACCUCCGGCAAGCCUCCGCACCGUUGCUUAAACGCAAGAGCUCGAAAAUUGGGCUUGGUCAGGUCUUAGGCACAUUCCAGUCCAAUCAUUUAGUCUCAGCCGACGGAGGGAUGAGGUGUAGUGAUGACGGGUCUGUGGUCCACCAGCUGCAGCGAGCCAUGGACCUUGAGGAGACUGAUAAAGAUACUCUUCAUCUUCUUGUGUUCCUCUUCAUGCAGUUCCUCUCACAGCCCCAACAUGCUGGAGGAAGUGAGGACAUAGGAAAUUUGAAGAUGAUGACCCUGGUCCUGCGCCACUUGUCUGUGCUCAUGGGCUAUAGUUUUCAGGAGCGGUGUUUCUCUAUAUCACCUUCCAGGCUCAGAUCAUCGCCUGUUUUUAACGCCUUCUUAUCUAAUCUGUCACAUGUCCUGGACCAUAAUUUCUCUAUGGGUACCUCACUGUUGCCCACCUGUCUCCCAGUACUGCAGUUUUGUGCUGCCCCUCACAGAGUGGCAGACCUUCGCUACCCAGUGUUCAGUUUGUGGAGUCUCCAGCCUCACCCGAGAAAAUAUUGGCUGAAGUCAGUUCUUACAUUUUUGUAUAAGUACAAGUAUGAUAGUCAAGUUCUUUCUACACAAGCUCUGUCACUGGUGCGUAUAGUAUUGAACACCCUUGACAGUCACCAUCACCGCUGUCGAAAAGUUGAUGACCCAACCUUGUGUGCUGCCAGCUCUGCAUACUCAAGAGAGGUAAGUCAGGGAUCUAUUGGAGGAAAUGAGGCCGAACAUGCAGGAGAGUCACCACCUCAAUCACCGGGAUUGUUCCAUGGAAGUGGUCGUAUUACUCUGGUUGCAGGAGGCUCUCAUUCUGAGCCACGUGCACAGUAUGUCACUGACCACAAAUCUGCUUUUGUUCCAGUUGCACAGGAUGCAAGGAGUGUGACUCUACAUGGUCACCACAAACUGGGAUCUAGUGGACCUGAAGAUGCCAGGAAGCAACGAAAGAAUAAUGAGACUAACCAAGGUCUUGAUGGUGAUGAUGUAGAACCAGAGUUAGAGGCCAUACCUGAGAGUCCAAAGACUGACAGUCCAUGUUGUCAGGAAUCUCUAGGUGAACUGGAGCCAUAUGAGAGUCUUGUGAAAGGUGAACAGGCAGUGAUACGUGUAGAACAUGACCACAGCACAAAAGCAAUUGCCACACACGUCCCGUGUGCAAUGCCAACUGCAUCCAUUAUGGUCCCUCAAACCAUCCGUGCACAAGCGGUUACAUCGGUUAUGGCUUCACAGAUACAAGCAUUUGAUGAAUCAUUUACCGUUAAAAUUCACAAUGCAGAAUUUGCCAUGACAGACAUAAAUCUUCAGGACAGUCCAAGUAUGCGAGGGAACACGCAAGGCAACUCUGAUCACGUAGACAACAACUGUCAUCGCUCAUGGAUUGUGGGACAUGAUGAUCCUGAACAGGUCAGCAGCUCUGAGAAGAACAAACUAGCCCCAGCCAAACCCUUCAUCAGGCCAAAGGUUCAUCGCAUGAGUACUGUCGACCUGGGUUUUUUAGGGCGUAGCUCACCCCAGGAAAGCCAGCAUCAAAAAGGAAAUGGCCGGGAGCUGAAAAAAGCAACAGGAAGUCACCUCUCUCCAAAAUUUGCCCAUCCUCAUAGACGAAUUACAUCGGGUGAAGGGUUUAGACCCAUUGAGUCCCUGAACCAGACAAAAUAUGGCAACCCAGAUGUAUCAUCUAGAGAACGCUUGCUGCCUGUUGGACUUGAUAAAUGUGGGGCCAUGGACUCAGGCUGCAAUAAAGAUGGUAGUGUGGGCCGUCAAAUGAACCGAGCAGUCGUUCAGGAAAUACCAAAGAUGGAAGAAGUUGUUUUUUCCGAGGCCACGGUCACGGAAGCAAGCGUUUAUGAUCCGUCCGUUAUUGAAGCCGUCUCUGCAAAGGACCCGCGACCAGAUUCCGACCAUGCAGCUUAUAUACAUCACCGAUCUCCUCAGUCUCCGCUUUCUAUGAUGGACUUGAUGACACUUGGAUCACCAGUUGAGCUAGAUGACCAGACGAGCACAACUGUAGAUUCACCCAACACAGAGGUCGUGUCUCCUUCAGAUGCUCUCACACUGCCCACUCCAGAAAGACUUCUGCCAGUUGGAGGGGAGAAGGCAACGCCAAGUAAGAAGCACGAAGACAGUCAGCCGGGAUCCAUACUAGAGCGAGUUUGGCAAGCAUUUGGUGGCUGGGCCAAUGGCAGCAAGAGCAGCAACCUGAGUAGUGAUUGUGAGCUGGUGGAGGUUGUAGCACAUAAGGACACACAUAAAUCACAUAAGGAAAAGAGUACAAGCAGCCAAAGAGCCCAAAUGGAUAAGCAGGACCUAGCAAACACCUCCACUGAGGAGACAACUGACACAUCAAACUCUGGCACCGCAACUAAUAAUUCAG